AUGAUAGACUAUAAGGCAGAUCGGUUUAUUUCUAAAGUUAGCAGCCGAAUAAUCUUUCUCGAUUUAGAAAAAAUCUUUUCGCACCCACCUUCGUUUCUCAAGUUAGUGACAGUCGUCAACAUAAUCCUUUACAGUAGAUCUUCUUCUUCUUCCUCUUCCUCUUCUUCUUCUUCUCCCCCUUUAUUUUCUUACUCUUCCUCUUCUUCUUCCUCCUCUUCCUUCUUCUUCCUCCUCUUCUUCUUCCUCCUCUUCUUCUUUCACUUCUUCCUCUUCUUCUUCUCCUUCUUUUUCUUCCUCUUCUUCUUCCUUUUCCUCCUCUUCCUCUUCUUCUUUCUCUUCUUCUUCGUCUUCUUUUUCUUCCUCUUUUCUUCUUAUUCCUCAUCUUCUUCUUAUUAUUCUUUCUCUUCUUCUUCUUUUUAUUCUUCUUCUUUUUCUGCUAUGUGUCGUGUCCCCUCACAACGUUGGCGGCCAUGA